AUGAGUGUGUUCACUGGAUCUACUCAGAACAUUGUGGUUCGGUAUUGGGUCAAACAAAUCACUCCUCCCGUUGCAUCACGAUACAUCAGUGCUCACAUCCAUCCCAUCCGGCCCAAAGUCGUCCACAUGUCGGCGCAUCGCCCUAAAGACACAUUAUGGUGGAGAGUAUCAGUGAACAAAAUACUGCCAGAGAGACGUGUGGUUCGUUCCUGGUGUGCGCGUAGAGUGCGAACCGCUUUUGCGCAGGCUAUGAGACAACAUGGAUUUGAUGAAGUCGGUAGACUGCUGCCCGGAUCAUCGGAGGGUCAAGGAAACCUGACAGGGACACUUGAGAUCUUUAUUCACCCACCGUGUGUAGUGCAAAGCUACGAGGUUGUCCAGAAAGAUGCAAGUCAACUCUUGAGUGAGGUUAUGGCGCACCGAGCGGCGCAAAUAUCGACCCCCAAAGACGCCUCGACCAAAAAUGCUUCGACCAAAAGCUGA